AUGGUAUCCCUCACUGAAGGCCAGAAAGCGACUCUUAGUCAUGAAGCAGUCGAAUUUCUUACCAAAAUCCGCCAUCCUCCACUGGCUAAUACCAUCUCAUCCUUCAUAACGUCACCAUGUCGAGUCCCAGGUCUGCGUCAGGGCUUUACAGAAAAGACAGCUCCUGGGGAAGCCCUCUUAAUCGAGAAACACAAGAUACAAAUCACCGAGAUUAUAAUUGCCGGCGUCUCAGUUUUCGUGAUUGAACCACCAGUCAUCAAGCCCGAGAAACAGAAGAAAAUACUGUUCAACGUCUUUGGCGGAGCGUUCAUCGUGGGCAGCUCUAAAGAUAGAGCCGCGCUUACUAUGUCAGUUGAACUUGGUGUUCGUGUCUACUCGGUAGACUAUACCAAAUCUCCUGAGGCCAAGUACCCUGAAGCUCGGGAUCAAUGUCUUGCUGUAUACCGCGAACUCCUCCAGCAUGGCCCUCCAGGUGGGGCUCCAGCUGAUCCAUCCGAUAUUCACGCCAUGGGAUGUUCUUCAGGCGCACAGAUCCUUGUCUCCAUGCUUCUUGUCGCGAGGCAAAAAGGUCUGCCGAUGCCAACAGCUGGGAUGUAUCUCUGCACGCCUGCUCUCGACCUAAGUGGCGCUGGCGAUUCAAUGGUAUUCAACUCUUUGGGACGCGAUAUCAUGCCUGUUAGUCUUCUUACUGGCAUGGUAUCCCAGAACUAUGCUCCUGACGGAAUCGACGUGACUGAUCCUUUUUACUCGCCUAUUUACGCUGACUAUGAUGAGUCUUUCCCGCCGACAGUCAUCACAGUUGGGACGAGGGAUUUUGCAGUUAGCCAUGGGAUACGGUUCUAUUGGAAACUGAGGGAGGCUGGGGUAAAGGUCGAGCUUCUAGUCUCGGAAGGAAUGUGGCAUGGCUUCAAUUGGGACCCGGUGAUCCCGGAGUCAAUCAGGGCUCGUGCUGCUGUGAUCGAAUUCCUGGAAGAUUCCCGAUAG